AUGGGCACCACUGUAAAGCAGGCAGAAGUUAUUUCAUUGGACUUGGAAGAGCACUUAUGGAAUGAAGGUGCACUAGGAGAUGACAAUCCUCAGCAACUUCUUGACACUCUUGUGUUCAAGCUUUGCUUGCACUUUGCUCUACAUAGCGGAGCUGAACACAGUAGUCUUCGUCCUGACAUGCUAUUUCUGCAUGAACCAGAUCAGGCUACUUCCUACCUACCUUAUACAGAGAGUGGUUUAAAAAACCAUUCUGGUGGCUUAAAGGAAAGGAAAUUAGAGAAUAAAUCAGUAAAGCUGUUUGCAAAUGAGGUUGAUGAAAGGAAAUGUGCCGUUAGAAUGUACCGUACAGUUGGUAAAUUUCGUGGGCUGUGUCUUGAUGUUGAAGUUACUGGGCAUUUCACUAACCACUCUUUAAGGAGAACAGCUGUGGCUCGUAUGCUUCAAAAAGGUGUACAAGAGGAUAAGAUAAUGUCAAUCACUUGUCAUCGAAGUGCUAAGGCACUGAGAGCCUUUACAAGGAAAUGA